CAGAAAAUGGCAGUCAAUGUGUACUCUACGUCGGUGACCAGCGAUAACCUGAGCCGGCACGACAUGCUCGCCUGGAUCAACGAGUCCCUGCAGCUGACGCUGACGAAGAUCGAGCAGCUGUGCUCAGGUGCUGCGUACUGCCAGUUUAUGGACAUGCUCUUCCCAGGCUCCGUAGCACUCAAGAAAGUGAAGUUCCAAGCCAAACUGGAGCAUGAGUACAUUCAGAACUUCAAGGUUCUACAAGCGGGUUUUAAACGAAUGGGUGUUGACAAAAUAAUUCCUGUGGACAAACUAGUGAAAGGAAAAUUUCAAGACAACUUUGAAUUUGUUCAGUGGUUCAAAAAAUUUUUUGAUGCGAACUAUGAUGGGAAGGAGUACGAUCCUGUUGCCGCUCGACAAGGCCAAGAGACAGUAGCACCAAACCUUGUUGCUCCAGUUGUGAACAAACCCAAGAAAUCUCUCAGUUCUAGCAGUGCAGCCCCACAGAGGCCCAUUGUGACACAGAGGACUGCAGGAACUCCGAAAGCUGGUAGUGGAAUGGUCAAAAAGGCUGCGGGAGACGACGAAUCGGCGGGAUUGAUCGAGCAGAUCAAUGUAUUGAAACUGACUGUGGAAGAUCUGGAGAAGGAGAGAGACUUCUACUUCGGCAAACUGAGGAACAUUGAGUUGAUCUGCCAGGAGAAUGAAGGGGAGAAUGAUCCAGUGCUGCAGAGGAUUGUGGAAAUUCUUUAUGCCACAGAUGAAGGCUUUGUGAUACCUGACGAAGGAGCACCGCAGGAGGAACAAGAAGAGUAUUAACAGACCACAUACUGUACCAGCAGAGCAGCAACAUCAGAAUUCUUUGCCCCAGAUCAUGUGCUUAACUGUAAAAUACUCCACUUUAUUCUUAGAGGACUCACUGGUUUCUUUUCAUAAGCAAAAAAGUACCUCUCCUUAAAGUGCACUUUGCGAAGUCUCACUUUUUACAGUGGGUUUGAGUUAGGAGCUCUUUCUCACUUGUAGCAGAGCAGUAUUCACAUCGAGGUGGUAUAGUUAGGGAGCAAGAGGCGGAAUAUUUGGAACUUGUUGCAGAAUGGUUUGCUGGUAAAACACUGGUUUGUGGGAAGACUCUUUUUGUGUCUGAGGUGGUGUGUCGUAGAGAAUAGACUCUGACUCACAGGAAGAUUGAGUUAAUGUGAAAUUGCAGCACAGAAAUUCUAAUAAAAUGCCUUAAGAGUAUUUAAAAUAUGCUUCCAUAUGCCAAAUUGAAGUAAUGUGACGGGAGAUUUUAUGUGCUUCAUGUUGGGGUAGACGCUCGCUGAACUCCGUUCACUGCUGCCUGAGAGGCCGUGCGUGGCGAUCUCGCUCUGUCAGCAAGUGCUCAGAAGGGGCUACUAAAACAAAACGCCAUUCCGCUGUAAAGCUGCUUACUAAGUGAUUAGUUCUCGAUGAAGUGGGCCUUAACGUUGCCUGUCACAAGAUUAGAGGGAGUAUGAACAGCUGAGACACAUACAUUACCUUGAAGAGCGCUAAAGCCUUUUCCUGCGGCAUUGUGGCUAAUGACUUUGCCAAAAUGUACUGUGUUUUCUGUAAGAAAAACCAACCAACAAAAAAAGCCCAGGGCAUCCAGUCUUACUGCCUCAAAUGCUCUUCAGAAGUCAUUUUCCUUCCUGGCUCCUGUUCCUAUUUCUCCGGUUUCUUUUUAGUUUUCUUGCUCCCCUCUUUGGUCUCUCGCUCGUUCCGUUCUCUCCCAUCCCGAGGAAUGCUGAUCAAAUCCCGUAGCUGUAACAGGACCUGCCCUGUGCGACUAUUUUAGAAUGAAAGGGAGUUGAGCACGUGAGGGUGAUGAUUUCUCUGUCUCUCCUUUCUUUUUUCUUUUUUUUUUUUUUUUUUUUUAAUUUUUCCUUUCAAACCAGGGCGUCUCUAAUAACAAUGCUUGCCAGUUCAGUCGUCUUCUGGGGUAAAAACUAAAAGGUGCUGGCUAACAGAGCUAACGUUAUUGCAGAAAAUACAGUACUGAGACUAACUUAAAUAUUAAUAUUUAAAGUACUUUCCUUAACUGUCCUCUUUUGCUAUCAUGCCCCUCAUUGCCGUUGUGUUUGGCAAGAUCCUGCAAGACUUCUGAUCCCCCCUCACUACUGAGUUUGAGCAGUCCUGUUGUGCUUGUAUUCAUCUGUUUCUGGUGGUAGCUUGUCCUAAAAUGUGUGUAGGAGAGCAUUUUAUGGUAAUUGUCGUGUAGUGCAUGAAUCUUUGUGAAAUUCAGAGAAAAACCCCGAUUCAGUGAAUGCCAAAAACGCGAGUACCCAGCCAUUGUUUGAACCGCAGUGGUGCUACUUCUCUUGUGGCCUUUUAGACUUUUGUUGCCCUAAAACUCCAUUUUACUGAGAAACCGUAUUUGACUUGGAUUUUUCUUGACAGGGUUUUUCUAUUUUAAGCGUUUUUUAAAUAAAGUUCUGUAUUUCAAGAGUGUCACGUCUGCUGGAGUCUCUCAUGCUUUCAGGUACGAUUAGGCAGAGCUAAGGACCGUGGCGGUUGUCGGGACAAAGCUUGCAGGACCUGGAACGUCAGCGUUCGUUCUCUAGUCCUAGUUACAGUCGGUGCUAACCUGGGUAGCGGUGAUGCUGAACCUCCCCUUGGAGUGUGCUGGGGGAGACCACUGCUCGAGUUUUGGGUGGUUUUGGUUUGUCUGUUCCCCUCCCACAAGUGGAUGCAAUGUGAGUGCGUUGUUGGCUUCCUCCUCCCAACGGUGUGGGGAUGGGGCUGCCUAACCGGAAUGCCGCCACGUGAGUUUAGGCAUGUUUAAAGUGUUUUAAAACUGCUAAAGCACUGGUUAUGAGUUAUAAACAAGAUGGUAACCGCAUCUGUCGCUGGUCUCGAUGGGCAGGCGGGCCGUAAACUUGGUUGAUUUGUGUCAUUUGCGGUCUUGUUUCACAGAUGAGCUCAAGCGUUGCUGUCACAGACGCGUGCAGACCGGCGCCUUCAGGGCAGCGCCUCUGUGGGGUCUCUAACCUCGGAAUUGGAAGUGUCCCCUGCAGGGCUUCUCUGUCAGGCGGGAGAACGCCCUCCCUGCCCCCAGAGUGCUCCACGGGCGCCUUAUCCUAAAGGAUGGGCAUUGCUGGGGACUGGGAUUGCAAAGCUGGUGUUGGAUAACGAAGCGCAGACCUAGAACGGGGCUUUUGAUGCACAUAAAAUCUUCUUUACCAUUACUCGCUUGCUUUGAGGUCGGAAGCAUGUUUUUUGGCUCUAAAGAUCCCGUUAUUCCAGCAACUCAAAGCAAAGGAUGGCAAUGGUACGUGGCUCAAUUUGAAGAGGGCUUCUUGGGUGCCUGCUCUUUGCAGUCCAGCCCCGCGCUGGGGCCUGGGGGCCUCCAGUCUCCACCGGGACUGCGUGUGCGGAACUGGGAAGCGCCCAGGCCAUCGGAUGGGCUCUGUUCGGUUGGUUUUUGACCUCUGUGAGCAAAGCAAGCAAAUACCCUUUUAUGUGAAGAGAAGGAUGAGUCAGAAACACUGUGAGGGCGCCUUGUGAGGCUGGUGGGUGCGUGGACGUGCGGUGUGAGGCUAAAUUGAAGCGGCAGACUUGCAAGUCAAAUGCUGCUAAGAUUUCCAGUUGCUUACAUUGCUGCUUUGCUACCAAGAUGAGUUAUAACCAGAAUGGGGACAAACUCGCGUCGUCAACUUGUGACUACGUUGUAGAUACCUUGGCAUAAUAUGGUUUUUAAUGUCCUUUUUGGGAGGAAAAUAACAGCACCAAGCCCAGCUCAAGCCCAUGGGCUUGGCACAGCUGCUCUGUUACGCUGGUACAGUACAGGCUGGUAAGUGCUCGCCUGCCGGAACAAUUCUGAGGGCAUCCAACCUUUCCUAGUAUCUUAGUUUUAUCCGAUAUUUGAAACAUGAACAGAAUGGAAGAAGCAAAAGCUCACAUCUCCUUUCUGUACCAACAUGUCUUACUGCAGGUGGACUUG